GCCUCCGGGAGGUCACGUUGUCAGGCCGUUGUCUCGUGACGCUACAGAGGGGCGGGUUUGGUUAUCAACAACAUAGUCUGUCUGUGGAGCUAACGUUACCGAGGAACAGAGCUCGAGUGUUGUUUUGAAUUGACGAUAAGACACCGACUGAAAGGGGGGCUAGGGCCUGUGGAUAAGAUGGCGGAUGUAGGAGACGAUGAAACUCGGUCGACUCUCCCUUCGGCAUCCCGUAACGGCCCGGUUGUCGGUUCGUCUGCGGGCACCGCGGGCCAGAACGCAGCUAGCAUAAUGGUAACGUCAGGUCCGCGGACGGUGAGAAUCGUCAAGUCGGAGUCUGGCUACGGUUUCAACGUUCGCGGUCAAGUUAGCGAAGGAGGACAGCUUCGGAGCAUCAACGGGGAACUGUACGCUCCUCUUCAGCAUGUCAGCGCUGUUUUGCCCGGAGGUGCGGCAGACCGAGCUGGGAUAGCAAAGGGUGACAGGAUCCUGGAGGUUAAUGGGGUGAGUGUGGAAGGUGCCACCCAUAAGCAGGUGGUGGACCUGAUACGUGCAGGGGAGAAGGAGCUGGUUCUGGCUGUGCUGUCUGUUCCAGCUCAGGAGGCUGAUGGAUUGGAAGGAGGAGAAGAUGUCCAACCCAACUAUGACUACAGUGACAAACAAGCAGUGCCCAUUUCCAUUCCCACAUACAAACAUGUAGAGCAGCACUCCGAGAGGUUUGUGGUGUACAACGUGUACAUGUCUGGUAGACAGCUGUGCUCAAAGCGCUACCGGGAGUUUGCCAUCCUGCACCAGAACCUUAAGAGGGAGUUUUCCAACUUCAACUUCCCAAAGCUUCCUGGUAAAUGGCCCUUCUCCCUGUCUGAACAGCAGCUGGAUGCUCGCCGUAGAGGACUGGAGGAAUAUCUUGAGCGAGUUUGCUCUGUGCGGGUGAUUGGGGAAAGUGACAUCAUGCAGGAGUUUCUCUCUGAAUCAGAUGAGAACUACAAUGGAGUGACAGAUGUAGAACUGCGGAUAGCCCUGCCAGACAAGACCACCAUCUCUGUUAGAGUCCGCAAGAACAGCACCACAGACCAGGUGUACCAGGCAUUAGUGAUAAAGGUUGGAAUGGACAGUAUUAUGGCAAGCUACUUUGCCCUUUUUGAAGUCAUCAACCACUCGUUCGUGCGGAAGCUGGCGCCUAAUGAGUUUCCACACAAGCUCUAUGUGCAGAAUUACACCUCGGCAGUGCCGGGGACUUGCUUGGCGCUCCGCAAAUGGUUGUUCAGCUUCCAGGAGGAGGAGUUGCUAAGAGACAACCCGCUGGCACUGCACUACUGCUUUCACCAGGCGUUGGAAGAUGUGAAGAAGGGAUUCAUAAAAACAGAGGACAAAUCCUACCAGCUGCAGAAGCUGGCAGAGCAGCGCAAGAUGGCCACGUACCUGAGUCUGUUGCGGACAUGUGAAGGCUACAAUGAGGUGGCGUUCCCCCACUGCUCCUGUGACUCCAGGAGGAAGGGACAUGUCAUCACAGCUAUCAGCAUCCAUCACUUCAAGCUGCAUGCUUGUACCGAGGACGGAACGCUGGAGAACCAGGUGAUAGCUUUUGAGUGGGCGGAGAUGCAGCGCUGGGACACUGAUGAGGAAGGGAUGGCUUUCUGCUUUGAAUACGCCAGAGGAGAGAAGAAACCUCGCUGGGUCAAGAUCUUCACUCCAUAUUUUAACUACAUGCAUGAGUGCUUUGAGCGGGUCUUUUGUGAGCUGAAGUGGAGGAAACAGGUUGAGGAAGAGGCAUCUGACAAAGACAACAAAAACUGCAGUAACAAUGAAUAUCUGCCUCCCCUGGAGACACAGCAGAAGGGAUGGCGCCACCUAGGGGGGGAGAUUGCAACUUCCUAAAAUCAUUUGUCAUCACUCAAACUAGAACUGGUCCACUUGCAUCAUCACAGCCACCCCACAGAGCGCCUAUUGACAAACACAAGACUGAGUGAAAGACUGGGGCCAUCCAUGCCCCGAAAACAAACUGAAAGUGACCAAUUUGGGAAAUUGGAAUGGCCACACUUAACCGACCCCAGGAAUACACACAGCAAGAAGAGCAAUGAAGGAAAAUAAACAAAAGCCAACUUUCAUGUCAUUUACUAGAUCUCCAUAGCGUGUCUGUUGUCGUCCUCCAUGAAUCCGCCCUGGUAUGUGGGGCAGGACACGAGCAAAUUUCUCGCCACUGGUUGAGAUGUAACACAUACGUACGGUGUGUGACUCAUCAGGGUCACCACAGCGCUGUGGCACCAUUUGCACAAAGGGAGAAACUCGAUGAACCGCCCCUUGAGGAGAGAGCUGACAUGUGGGACAGGAUUGUCCAACUGGAUCGGCUCGGUCCAAAGCCUUGAGCGUAGCCCUCCUUUGCUGGAAUGAGCUGAGAUGGUGGAGAUGAAAAUAAGGGAGGGAUACAGAAAAAACGGGGGUUUCACUUCUUUAACAGUUAGUGAUAAAGAAAGAAAGCUAAAUCAUGCUUUACACCGAUGAUGGACAUUAACACAAAAAUGAUGUUUUCUAUUUGUAAAGUUAUUCUGUCCUUGUCGGAAAACAUAGGCGACACAAAUAUAACUAACUGAAAAAGGAUCUGGGGGGGGAUGGUUCAUAAUUAUGUGUUUAACAAUCUUCUGAUAAAAUAUAGAUUAAUAUAAGAGCUAUAAUAAUUGGUUUCUUGAUCUAACACAACGAAACACUAACUGAAUUGCAUAUAAAUGGCUCUAAAAAUUGUAACUUUUUUUUCUGGUCUAACCCACACUAUUUUAGAACGACGUCUGUUGGCAGUCAUUGAUGUCAGGAUGCACAGUUAUCCCGCUCGCAAGUGAUUUAUUGUGGUGAUUUUUCAGAGCUUGUAAGUUGAGAGGAAGAGGCGUUCUCAUUCUCAGCUCUAUGCAGGGAUGAUCUCUUUAACAAAAGUUGAUGGGCCAAGUGCUUUUGAAAUGGCACAGCUUCUGACUGACAGAUUGUGAAUAUAAAGACAGUAUAAAGUUUUGUCCAUUGAGGUGCAGUUUUCUGAACAGGCAACAGAGAGCAGCAGAGUGUAAGACAGAUUUAGUCGUAGGAUUUGAGCAGAAAUAGAUAUCUUCUAAGAGCUUCUUAAAGAGUGAUCCCUCGGGCUCUGUAACUCACCCAAAAGUAUCACUCCUUUGCAGUUUGUCCAUUAACCACGUCAGGAGGACAGAUGGUGUGUGUGUGUGUGUGUGUGUGUGUGUGUGUGUGUGUGUGUGUGUGUGUG